AUGAAGACAAGUGUAUUCUUGUUAUUUGUCUCAUAUUUUCCGUUCUCUGUGCAAUGGGAAGUGAUUUAUGAUCCGCCUUAUCCGGCAAAGUACAGAACGUGCCCGCCAGAAGAUCCUAAUGGAAUAUUUGUUUGUGUGUAUAUGUCCGUAGAAAAUUGUGGAGUGAAAUCUGUCAGAUUUAAAUUUGUGAACGAAUUUCCUAAGCCGAAACGGUUUAAGCACAAAAAUAGUAUGACUUACAUCAUAAAAGACAAAAAGAAACUUAAGAGGAGGGAGAAGAAUCCUCGAGUCUAUUUCACUGGAAUCUUGCACUACUGCCGCCUCGUUGAUGAAAGUUGCCCUAGGAUCCGAGAUUUCGAAAUGAGACAAUUUAAAUUUACAGAUAUUAGUCAUGAUAUCACUAUGACACCAGCCGGGACACUUUAUCACUAG